AUGGGUUUAACAGAGGAACAAGAACUAGAAUUGGGUCAAUACAGAGCAGCUGUAGAACGGGAUUGCCCUUCUGAUAUCAUCCAAUUCUCAGCGAAUUACUUCAACUGCAAAUUGGAAGAACAGAGAAAACUCUUCAAAUCACAAAUCAAUAAAAAUAACACCCCACCAAGUAUAACUUCCGCAACUCGCUCUUCUCAAGUAGAAACUGGCGACCGUUCACAUCUACUAUUCAAAUCACCAUUCUCAGAACACGACCCUCACACUACUAAUGUCAUCCACAAAGAGGACCCUUCUGCAAAGGACCCUUUCAAACAAGAUUUCUCAUUCGACCAACGUGAAACAAAAAUAGAAGCCUCAAACUCACCAUUGGAUCUAGCAAACAAAAAUGAGGAAUCACUAAAACAUAAAAAAAUACCAAUGAACUUCAACGCCUUGAGAAGAACUUCUGUCAGCGGCGAAACUUUCGAACCAAACAACCUCGAAACCGACUGGAAACCUGAACACUAUUCAGAGAAAACAGGAGAACAAUUGAAAAGAUUAGAAAAAUCAAUUGGUAAAAACUUCUUGUUCAACAAAUUGGAUAAAGAUUCAAAAAAAUUGGUUAUCAACUCUUUGGAAGAAAAAAGAGUGACAAAGGGAACAGAAAUUAUUAAACAAGGUGAUGAAGGUGACUAUUUCUACGUAGUCGAACAAGGUACAGUAGACUUUUUCGUCAAUGAUUCAAAAGUUAGUACCUCAGGCCCAGGUUCAAGUUUCGGUGAAUUGGCAUUGAUGUAUAAUAGCCCUAGAGCGGCCACAGUCUUGGCAGAAACAGAUUGUGUGCUUUGGAUGUUGGAUAGAUUAACUUUUAGAAAAAUAUUAUUAGGCAACUCAUUCAAAAAGAGAUUGAUGUACGACGAUUUCUUGAAAAGUGUCCCGAUUUUAUCGACUUUGACUACUUAUGAUAGAGCAAAAAUCGCAGAUGCUUUGGAAACAGAACUAUAUGACGCAGGUUCCAUAAUAAUCAAAGAAGGUGAUGUAGGUGAAAAUUUCUAUUUCAUCGAAUACGGUUCAGCUGAUGUAAUUAAAGAAGGUGUAGGCAUAGUAGCUAAUUUGAAGCAACACGAUUACUUUGGUGAAGUUGCUUUGUUAAAUGAUUUGCCAAGACAAGCUACUGUUAAAGCCACUUCUACUACUAAGGUAGCUACCUUAGGUAAAAGUGCUUUCCAAAGAUUAUUAGGUCCUGUGGUUGAAGUAUUAAAAUUAAACGACCCAACUCGUCCUCAUCAUAACCAAUAA